AUGGAGAAGGACGAGGCUUGCCCUCACAGAGAGUGCAAGCACUACAAGGAGAGUGCACCAUCAUCGCCUCCCAGAGCCCCCCUGGAGCUGGUAGUCCGCCUCCAUCACACCCAGGCAGACAACAUCCAUACGGCGUAUUCCAAGGCCGAGGCCCCCGGGACCUCCGACGAAGACGAUUCGGAGUCUUCCUCGGGGGAGUCUUCGUCCGACAUCGAGCCCUGUCCCCACUGCAUGACUCAGAGCAUCCGUGGGAACGCCGCUGCCCAGGCGGAGUGCUGGGCUCUGAAUGCUGCAUUUUACCAGACGCAUUCGGCGGAGCAUGUGCCAACUACAAAUGGCCUGACAGAGUCAGUCAGUGCUCCGUACGAGACGAGCUAUGGCGGCGAGUGGGGAAAGAGGUCUUCCAGCAGCUACGCCUAG